AUGACAGGCAGCAAGCUGCCAUCAACCAAAGUCAGCUCCACACAUGGCUGGCUAGCUCCUAAUUAUCUAUAUGCGCGCAAUAAUAACGCAUUUCCAGAAGCAUUAGAACUAAAGCUCGAAGAAGAACAGAGGAGAUUCCUCCAGCUUCAAACUGAAGAUGAUGAGCUCAAGCAGAUCUUGGAGAAAAAUUCACGAGAGCUAGAGGAACUAGAAUCCGCAGUAGCACAACUCAAUGCUGAUUUAGAGGUUCUGGAUCGUGAGUUGCAAGACUUGGAUGCUAAGAUUGCAGCUGAGAAUCAGCGUCAAAAUGAGAUAAAACUCGAACUCAAAGCUACGACGCAAGAAUUGGAACAGUAUAAGGCGCAGUGUGCACAAGCAGAGGAGGAACUCACUGGAUUGAAGGGAGACCUUGAGAAGGAGGAAGCCGAUGCAUCUGCGAAAUUAGCGAAUCUGGCGAAAGAUUACGAAGAUAAAGUGCAAGUUCUCACUGCCAAGAAGGAGAAUCAUAUGAAGGAAAUGGAAGAAACCAAACUCGAAAUUGCAAAAGCGGAAAAGAUUAGAGUCUUCCAAAAGACACAUCGCGACAACGCCAACACCAUCUCUGAGAAGCAGACGAAGUUAUCGGAGUUGCAAAACGAGCUGGAUGACCUGCGCAAGAGAAUCGAGGAGAAGAAUGAAAAGCAAGCGAAAGAUACGAAGUUAUCGGAGUUGCAAAACGAGCUGGAUGACUUGCGCAAGAGAAUCGAGGAGAAAAAUGAAAAGCAAGCGAAAGAUAAUGAAAGACUUUCGGAGCUUCGCCGCGAUGUCAGUGCUAAAAAAGAUGAUAUGAUUGCAAACAUUGAAAAUGCGAAGGUCCAGCUCGAGGGUUUGCAAGGGGAAGUGAUUCAGAAUGAAAAUGAAGCAAUAUUGCUUCAGAACAAGAACUAUGAAAUUGAAGGUGAAUUGCACCUUGCUAGACACCAGGUAGAAGUGGCAACUGAGAAACUGGCGAUAGCGAAGAAUGAAAAUGAAGCAGGAAUGCUUCAGAACAAAAACUAUGAAGUUGAAGGUGAAUUGCAUCUUGCUAGGCACCAGGUAGAAGUGGCAACGGAAAAAUUGGCCGUAGCAAAGAGCACUUUCAUCAUGAAACAAAUGCAGGAAGAGCAGGCGAAACAGAAUAGAGAUAAUGAAUGUCAGAGGAGGAGAGAGAAAAGGGAGCGGAAGAGACAUAAGGAGAAUGAGAACACAGUGAAAGAGAUGAAGAUACAAAGAGGCACUAGUACUGAAUUGAUGCGAAGCCGAUCAACUCUGAGGGAGACCCAAGAGAAAGUCCACGAUUCUCAACGCUUUGUUGAGCCUAAACGAGUUGGUUGGAUUUGAAA